AAAGUGGUUAGUAUUGGUAUUUUUAAUUUUGUAAAACUUAAUGUCCGUAUUCGAAACUGUAUUAUUAUAUAUACACAAAAAGUAUCAAGCAUGAAGCCACACAUUCCCCUUCAUCUCCAUUUCUCACACUUAAAAAGGCUUAAGAAAGAACAAUGGCGAAAAAGUUGGAUGCUCAAGGUGGCCGCGGAGGAGAGCUAUGGGACGAUGGUGGUGUUUAUGAGAACGUCAAGAAAGUGUAUGUCGGUCAAGGUGACUCUGGUGUGGUUUACGUCAAGUUUGAUUACGAGAAAGACGGCAAGAUCGUAUCACUCGAACAUGGGAAGAAGACACUUCUUGAUCCAGAGGAGUUUGAGCUUGAUCCAGAAGAUUACAUCACAUCCGUGAAAGUGUACUACGAAAAGCUCUUUGGAACGCCAGUGGAGAUCAUCACGGCUCUUAUCUUCAAAACAUUCAAAGGCAAAGUUUCUCAGCCUUUUGGAUUAGCUUCUGGAACAGAAGCCGAGCUUGGAGGUGGCAAGAUCGUCGGAUUCCAUGGAAGUUCCAGUGAUGCUAUUCAUUCCCUGGGGGCUUAUAUAACACCGCCAACUACUCCGGUGACUCCACCGGCGUCAGGUGGUCCGACCAAGCUGGAAGCUCAAGGUGGUCGUGGAGGAGAGUUAUGGGACGAUGGUGGUGCUUAUGAGAAUGUCAAGAAAGUGUAUGUUGGACAAGGUGACUCUGGUGUGGUUUAUGUCAAGUUUGAUUAUGAGAAAGAUGGGAAGAUUGUAUCACUCGAACAUGGUAAAAAGACGUUACUUGACCCAGAGGAGUUUGAGCUUGAUUCAGAUGAUUACAUAACAUCUGUAAAAGUUUACUACGAGAAACUCUUUGGAACACCAACAGAGAUCAUCACCGCUCUUAUCUUCAAGACAUUCAAGGGAAAAGUUUCUCAGCCGUUUGGAAUGGCCUCUGGACAAGAAGCAGAGCUAGGAGGUGGCAAAAUCGUUGGAUUCCAUGGAAGUGCAAGCGACGUGAUCCACUCUCUUGGAGUUUAUAUUGCUCCUACGUCAACACCAGUGACUCCCGUCGAUACUAUUCCAGCACAAGGUGGAGACGCUGGAGUUAAGUGGGACGAUGGUGUUCAUGAUGAUGUGAAGAAGAUAUAUGUAGGACAAGGUGACUCUUGUGUGACUUAUUUCGAGGCUGAGUAUGUAAAUGCUUCAAAGCCUGUCCUUGGAAGUGUUCACGGGAAGAAGUCAUUGCUUGAUGCUGAAGAGUUUGUGCUUGAAGAUGGUGAAUAUCUCACAGGUGUGAUAGGCUACUAUGACAAGAUUUAUGGUGUCGAUGCACCGGCCAUCAUCUGUCUUAAAUUCAAGACAAACAAGAGAAUUUCUGACCCGUAUGGAAUGGACUCAGGAACUGAAUUCGUGCUGGAGAAGAAAGACCACAAGGUCGUUGGGUUCUAUGGACAAUCUGGUGAGUUUCUUUACAAGAUCGGAGUUAGAGUGGCGCCCAUAGCCAACUGAUGCAGAACCAAUCUUAUAUUGUGUAUGAAUAAGAUUAUCAUGUGAACUUAUGGAGUUGCAUGGUCUAUUGUUGUUGUUUUUGGUUUGUCUUAUAUCUUAAUGUACGUUUGUCUUGUCUAUUGGCUAUCUAAAUAAAGGAGGGUUCUUCUAUUGUUAUUUUAAUAAACCCAUGUGUGUCUU